CCAGAACCUUCAAAACCUCAACUCUUCUUUGGGACAGCUUUCCUCAAGAGUCUAGGUUCUACGCCGAGAGCCCAUUCAUUCUUAAUCGAGCAUCUCUAAGAUUUCCAAGAGCCGCAUCGUGCGCGCGGUGCGGAAGCGUGCCGUCCAGCAUGGCGGGAACAGCGCUGUCGCGGCAGCUGCGGCAAAUCGCCCUCGCGACGGGCCCCACCGCUGCUGAUGUCGCAACUAAGUCGAGCGGCAAACGGGGGGCGCACAUUAGGCCGUCCCUUAUUUUCGAGGCGAAGGAAGCCGCAGACGUGGACGCGGAGACUAUUCUACACGUGGCGCAAGCAGGUCUGGCGGAGCUGGUGGCGGGGGACGCGCGCUUCAAGCCGUUCCUCAGCACGCUCUUCUCGCCCGCCAGCCUGCACACGGAUCGCGACGACGAGCCGCCGCCGGUGGUGGCGGCGCUGGACGCGUCGAUCGACGCGUUCCUCAUGCUGCUGUCCGACGCGCUGCUGCUGCCCGCCAGCCACAAGGCGCUCGAAUACCUCAUUCGCAAGUACAGGGUGCAGCAGUGCAACGUGGACUCGCUGGUGCUCGCCGCGCUGCCGUACCACGAGACCAACCUCUUCGUGCGCAUAGCGCAGCUGGUGUCCCUCAAGCACUCCAAGUGGGCGCCAGUGCUGCACGGCUGCAAGGUCAAUGGGGCGGCAAUCCCAAGGGCGCAGCUGGUGCAGAGAUGCGUGAAGGAUGACGCCUUCUUCCACGCCAUGUGCCAUGCGGCUGAGAAGGCGGCCACCUUUGUCAGUCACGAGUCGCCUGCCUCCUCCUCCACUGCACCUGCACCGCCCGCCAUGCGCCUGCUGACGUUCACGAGCGUGCUGCUGCUGGAGGCGCUGGCCGUGAUGCGCGUGUCAGUGGACGCGCUCACACACCUGCUGCCCUUCAUCCUCAACGGCCUGCAGCCCUCCGCCCUGCACGAGCACAGGCUCGCGGCCAUGAUGCUGCUGUCGCAGCUGGCCAACCGCUCCCAGCUCUCCUCGCAGGUCAUCAACUCGCUCCUCAUCGGCCUCCUCUCGCCCACCCCUGCCGCCUCCACCGCUGCCCAAGGCGUCCGACUGCCGCCCCCCGCCAUCUCCAUGGAUGCCUUCCUCGUUGUCGUCCACCUCUCCGCGACGCAACGAAUUCUGUCUCUUCCAGCCAGGGCUGUCAGCAGCGUUCUCUCUGACAAGCACUUCAUUGACGUGCUGAGGGCGGCAGCAGACAAGUUCAACACGGCCAAGAUACUCCUCCUCCUCGUCGACGCGCUGCUGCCCAAGAUCUCGUCAUCCCAGCCCGCAGCGGAUCUGCUGCUGGCCAUUGUGCGCCAGCUGCCACGCCCAGCACUCUCGCCUCUCGUGCCGCGUCUCUCGCUCUCUCUGCUGCGCUUCGCUGUUGGCAAGGACCUGCCGCACGGGGCCCCGCCCCUCUCCUCCCUCAGCCCUCGCAUCCAGCCCCUCCUGCUGGCGCUAUCCCUUAAGUUCACCUCGCAGACUGAUGCUGCUGUUGCUGCAGUCUUGGAGUCGCUCGCGUCUUCUCCCGCCCAGCGUGCCACGCUCGUGUCGUUCCUGGGCACAGCUCUCUCUGCCAGCCCAUGUGCGCUGCAACGGGUGGACGCCUCUCCUGCUGCCACAGGGGCAGCUGUUGGGGCUAAGGUCCGGCAGCAGCAGCACCAACAGCUGCUGUCAGUUCACCUGGCAAUAGAUCAUGCACAAUGGCAAGUGCGGAAGGCAGCAGUGCAGCAGCUGCCAGGGCUCAUGGACGCAGCAGGGAAGCACGCAGUCAGGGACGAGGUGGCUCAAGGCGAGGUGCAGGCGUUUGUCUCAUCUGCACUGCACCGCCGACUGGCUGAUGACAGCUGGGAAGUGCAGCAUGCUGCUGUUACGUCUCCGCUGCUACCAUGUGUCCUUUCUCCCGCUCUCCUGUUCGCCCCUCUCAAAGCCAUCGUCCUCCGCCCCCUGCCGCCUGCCUCCGAGCCGCUGCCAGCGCACAUCAAGGAAUGCCAGUCCGCCGCCCUUCGCCUCCUGCGCACAGCUGUCAUGGGACCACUGCUCAAACCACACCCCGAGCAGGGGGAGGGGCAGAGGGGCGAGCGGAAGGACGAGCUGGAAGCGGGAGGGAUGGUGCAGGGAGUGGCAGAGGAGGUGAUGCCGCAUGUGCUGCUGUCCGCCCUCAUGCCCUCUAAGCCCGACUCUCCCACCACUCCACUGGCCAACCCGCAACUGCUGCACGAGGCUCUUCUCUUGGCACAGCAGCUCGCACCUCGCUUCCCCCUCUUCCUCCACCUCCCCGCCCCCUCACUCGCCUCCGUCUCCUCCCCCUCUUUCUCGGCCUCUGACGCCUUCUCCCUCGUUGCAUCCUCCCUUGCUGUUGCUAUCGCACCGCCUUCCGUCUCCUCGAAUGCACCAGUCGCCAAGGACAUGUGGCUCGCUGCCAUUCGCUUCACCCGCUCUGCCUUGGUUGCAUCCUCUCCUGCUGGCCGGCAGUUGCUGCUGCUGGCCCUCCUAUGGGCAGCACAUAGUCUCCCUGCGACAUCAACCUCUCUGGAAGUUCUGCUGCAGCCACGUGGCAGUGUUAACGCGCCAGGAGGCAAGAAGUUCAAAGAGGCGGAGGAAGAAAGAAUCAGAUAUUUUGUGGAGGAGGCAGUGGGCCUGUUGCAGGACGCAUGGAAGGGAGUGGCGGCGCAGGCAGGGGAAGGGGGUAAAGGGGAGGGGGAGAGGAGAACAAAGGGUGCUUCCUCUGACCACCUGGAUGCACUGCUCGCUUCCCUCCCUGAGGCCACAUUCUCAGCGCCUCCCAAUGUGCGUGCCAAGAUGUCCUCACUGCUCUCGUCACUCCCCCCCUCCUCCGCAGUCUCCCUCCGCCUCUCAGCCGACCUCACACUCUCAUGCGUCUCCUCCCUCUUGAGGAAGCUUCCAGGAACCACUCAGCUAAGUGAUGGUGUGCUAGCACCACGUCAGCAGCGGGGUGAUGUGGCAGGGCGUGUGUUUGAGCUGUUGGUGGGGGCAGGAGGUCCCAAGGCAGCUGCUCUGGCAGCAGCACGCAUUGCUGCUGCAGUGAGGGGGGGGAAGAAGAGGCAGGGAGGGAAGAAUGAAGGCGUGGGAAGUGGCGGAGGCGAGAUCCACGGUGCCAUGUUGCAGUCAUUGAGGGACAUGGGCUCAAAUGCAGGGGAGGUAGCAGGACGGGAGGAGGGAAGCAAGGGGCAGCGAGGAAUAGCUGCUCUGCUGCAGCUGCUGUUGGCACAAUCUGCCACUCGCUCUUCCCUCCUUGCCUUUCUGGACCCCUUCCUCCUCCCCCUCCCGUCGUCCUCGUCUCACUCACCCACCCUUCAACUAGCAGCACUCGCCCUCCUCCCCGCUGUUAUCGCUCCGGCUACAGCAGCGCCAGGGGAUGCCAAGGCCAAUGAGGUGCUGACACGUGUGCUGGUGGGAGUGCUCUUGCGUCUCAUGGUGACAGUGCAAAGCCCUCACAAGCCUGUCCGCAAAGCAGCUCUGCACGCCUUCGCGUCCCUCACACAGGCGGCUGCCACUCUCCCCAACUCUUCUCCCAGCCUGCCCUCUCCUUCCUCGCUCUCUCUCCUUGCCUCCGCUUUCUCAACUGCCAAGGAUGCUCUACUCGCAGACCUCUCCUCGCUGCCUGCCCUCUCCUCCUCCUCCACCACUGCCCUCCGCCUGCCCACCUCCACACCUGCCACAUCCUCUAGCCCUCUCAGAACUUCUCAAGCCGCUGCUCUGUUGGUUCGCUUGCUGGACCCCUCGUAUGCUGCCUCUACUGGUUCCAGCUUGAAUCCCUCCGACCGUACUGCCCUGCUCACAGCGCUCUUCAAUGCUGCCAUCAGCCUUCCAUCAUGGCCUCAGGCCCUCGCUCUCCACAUGCUCGCAUCAGUCCCAGCUGCCACUUCUCUCCGUCCCCUCGCCCUACUGCUUCCUCGCCUGCACUCCAUGCUCUCCCGCCGCCUCCGCUGCCAUCUGCACCAAUCAGAAGGCGCUGCUGGUCUCUCACAGCCAUCCCAGCCACCAUCAGUGGAAGCAGCGGCAUUGCCAGGUGGCAGUCUGGAGUUGGAGGAUGUGCAGCUGCUGAUUGUAGGCAUGGAGGUCGUGGCAGGGGCAGUUUCAGGUGGUGCGAAGGAGGGGGCUCAGGCGGAUGCACGUGUAGACGAGGAGAUGAAGGAGGAGGGAGAGGACGAUGAGCAAAGUGCGGGUGGUGAGGAGGGGGAGCAGCGGCAGGCAUUGAAGAUGCAGCAAACAGAAGGGAAAGGAGUUACUGCUCUUGACGUUGCACCACUCCUACUCAUGGCUAUGCAGGUUCAGGGUGCCAAAUCAGCGGAUGCUGUGGCUGUGGAGGCCCCAUGUAUCACGGCAGCAGGUCUGGUCACGAACGACUUGCUGAAGGCGCUGCCAUGCAACCACCGGGAUGGCCUGGUGGCGAGUCUGCUCUUCCUCAUGGCCGCAUCUGAGGCGUCCCCUGCUGCCCGCCAGGCAGCCAAGGAUGCCCUCCGGUGCCUCAAGCUGAGGCCAUCCACCCUCGCUCGCCUCAUCACGGUCCUCUUCUCGCCACCGCCAGUGUCUCACGACGCACCUCAUGCUCCCAGCUCCAACAAACCAGACAUGGCUGCCUAUGUGCCACCUUCUGAUUGGCUGUCGAUGGAACGCCGCGUGGCAGUUGCUACGGGUUUGCUGGAGAUGCUAAUGUGGAAGGAUGACCUCACAGCACAGCAGAUCAUCCAGCUAUUUCCAUCGCUGGCUGCAGCCAUCAACGCCAUUCUCUCCCACCGCUGGCCGCUGCUGCUGGCAGAUGGGGGGGGCGAGGAGGUGGGAGGGCAGCAUGCAGAGGAGGGAGAGGGGGAGGUUGCAAUGAGCGCUCAGGUGCUGGGAGCAGUUGAGUUUGUGCUGCAGUUGGUGCUGACAGUGGCACGCAACGCCCUCUCCUCACAUACAGGCGUGCCGGAAGGGCAGGAUGAGGCAAUGGAAAGUGACGAGGAGGAGGAGGAAGAAGGGGGCAUGGAGCAUGGGGAGGAGGAGUGUGUAGUGCACAUGGUGGGGGCGGCAGUGGAGGUGGUGAAGGGGCGGAGGGACCCUGCGACUGCGAGUGCAGCCAUAGCCGUGCUGGCAGCUGCUGCAGAGAGGCAGCCAGAGGAGGUGGUGGAGCAUGUGGUAGCUGUGCUCUCUGUUGCUGCUACGACCACCCUCGCCCUCGACAUCCGGGAGUCGCAUGACGCCAUCCAUCGACUCGUGGAGGCAGUGCUUCCUGCAUGGCUGCACCACAACCCAGAUGUCACUCCCCUUCUUCAGCUGGUCGUGUCAUCCCUGCCCUCCAUGCCUCAUCACCAUCGCAUCGCCCUCCUCUCUGCUCUUCUAAGAGGCGUCUCUCCCUCCUUGGGCCUCGCUCCGCUUCUGCUGCUGCUGCUCACCACCACAGGCGUCACACCCUCGCUUCUCACAGCGCACGCCGACAAUCCCAAAGACGCCCCUCGUUCUGCCCGGGCACGCAGGCAGGCAGCGUUGCAGCAGCACACGUACUGGAGGCGGCGGGGGGACAGCACGGACGAUCAGGGGCAAGGGGAGUGGGGGCUCAGCCUGGCGUUUGAGCUCUGUUUGCAGGUUCCAGGAAGCAUCCGACUGGAGGCAUAUGUGAAGCUUUUGGAAGCCACGUGCCCUCCAACCAACGUGCGGCGGAAGGGGAGGGCAGGAGGAGAUGAGGCGUCUGAUUGGUGGAGAGGGAUGGGUCCAGACGACGAUGUGGUAGUGGUGAGAUUUGUUGCUGCGGAGCUGCCGGCUGCAGUGGCGGCUAUGGAGGAGGAUUUGGGGAUGGAGGGAGGGACACUUGCAGGAGGGGUUGAGGGGGAAGGGCGCAACGAUGGGGGAGAUGCUGCUAUGGUUGAUGGUGGCUCAGCCCCCAACAGCCUUGAGCGACAGCUGUUUGUGUCUCUCUUGGAACAUGUUGUCCUUCGCCUCCGUGCCACUGCAGCUGCUGCUGCUGCUGCUUCCAGUGCUGCUGUGGCCUCCUCCCUCGCCACCCCACUCUGCCCUGUGCUCAAGGACAGGGCGGACUUGGUGGCUUCAGCAGCGUAUGAGCUGCUGCAGACUCUGGAUGACGUGACUCCCAGUGGUGUGUUCCUACAGGCCGUGCAGACACUGCUGACCAACCCAAGCAGCCAUAUCCGUCGCAAGGUUCUCCGCCUGCUUGCCUCCAGAGUGCGGUCAUCCGUGCCCCACACCCUCACGCCGCACGGCCGCGUCAAAGCUGGGAGCAAGCAGCGCUUGGCACAGGCAGCACGGGAGGAAGCGGUGGAGUAUGCGUUGGUGGCAGGGCAGCUGGCGCACAUGGGCGCGCUGGAGGGGCCUGACAGGUCGCUGGCCACACAGAUGGCAGCUCUGCAGACACUCGAUGCCAUCAUCAAGCGCUUUGCAUCCUUGGCUUCUGACGACUUCUCCCCAGCGCUCACCCCUCUCAUUCGCAUCGUCUCCUCUUCUUCCUCCUCGCCACUCCUCACUGCCGCUGCUUUACGUUGCCUCUCCUCCCUCGCCUCCUCCCUGCACCAUCUGCUGCUGCCCCACCUGCCGCUCCUCAUGCCCCCUCUAUUCGCCUCUGUUGAGAGGGCGCUUGCGGCAGGAAAGAAGGUGGUGGAAGAGGAGAGGGGAGCAGAUGAGGGGGAUGGGGAGAUGAGGGUGGAGCAGAUGGAGGAGGAGGACAGUGGGGGGCAUGGGAGAGAGGAGGUGGUGAGUGAGGCAACGGCACAGGACCUGCUGGCCGCUGUGCUGCAAGCCCUGGAAGCCAUGCUGGCGGCCAUGGGCCCCCUCCUAUCUCCCUUUACUCCCCGCAUCCUCGCCUGUACCUGUCUCACUCCCUUGCUGCUCUGCUGCUCCUCGCCCUCUGUGCUGCAGCAUGCCCAUGCUGUGCGACUACUGCUCAUUGAGAAGCUUCCUAUGCGUUUACUUCUGGAUCCGCUGGUCUCCUCCUGGCCAACAGCCACAGCUGCAGGCCCUGCCCCUUCCGCUGCUCUGCUGCACAUGCUGGCUCGCGCCGCCUCCCACAUGGACCGCGCUGCCGCCUCCACCUUCCACGCUCGCAUCUUCGACUUCCUCCUCCUUCGCACCUUCGAUGUUCGCCGCGCCCCUCCCUUCCCGGCCUCCACCAAUAGCUCCUCCAAUCAAAGACUGCCAGGAGGCACACACUUGGUGACUGCUCCUGAUGUGGAAGGAGCAGCGGUGGGCGCGAUGGUGGGGGUGGUGAUGAAGACUAGUGAGAGUGUGUUCAAGCCGAUGUUUGUGCGCGUGCUGGAGUGGGCGGCAAGUGAGUAUGCUGCUGACGGCGAUCCCAUCUCUCCAGCAGGACGAGUGGAGCGACACCUCACUCUCUUCGGCCUUGUCAACGUGCUCUCUGACAAGCUCAGGUCGGUAUUCGUGCCGUACUUCCAGUACCUCUUUGACAUUGCCAUCCGCCACCUUGUUGGCCCCAGUGAUGCUGCCAAGGGGGGAAUGAAAAAGAAGAGGCGCAAGUCAGCAGGUGUGGCAGCAGCAGCGGAGGACAGCAUUGCACAGUGGCAGCUGAGGUACCUGGUGAUGUGUGCCCUCCACAAGUGCUUCACCUAUGACUCCAACGCUGCCUUCUUGGAUGCCACAAGGUUCCAGGCCCUCCUGGAGCCCCUCACAUCUCAAAUCGACAGAGAACCUCCAGCUGGUGUGGCUUCGAUCGUUUCUGCAUUGUCUGCUUCAGAGGUUCCCAUCGCUGCUUCUCGGCCUUCAGAGACGCACAUGAAGCUGGAUCCCUACAUUGCAGCCUCCAUCCCAAGCAUCAGCGACGUGGAUGAUGAGCUCGUGACGUGUUUGGGUGAAAUGACGAUUGCAGGGGGGUCUGAUAUCCUCUGGAAGCAGCUCAACCACCAGGUGUUGAUGUGCACACGGAGUGAGCGAGUGCGGUCUCGUCAGUUGUCUCUGCGCGUGAUCAAUGAGAUCGUGGAUCGCGUGCGCGAAGAGUACGUUGUGCUCCUGCCGGAGUCCAUUCCAUUCUUGGCAGAGCUGCUGGAAGACCCAGACCCUGCAGUGGCUGAGGGUGCAAAAAGCCUGGUGAAGAAAUUGGAGGAGCUCAGUGGUGAGGAACUCACUCAGUACUUUUGAAAGGUAGCAGGAGUUAGCUCACCUCUUCCUUUGGAGGCUUCCUUUCUUGGCAAAUUUUGUGUGCGGUAGUCUUUGCCUACAAUAAGCAGUGCCAGUGAUCUUGGAGGCAUAUACAAUACCUACAAGAGUUGACAUGUUAUGGA